AUGGGGCAUCGGGCGGAUGACAGCGGGAACAGUUGUGAUCACUGGCGGAAUCCUAGCUACGGUCAUUCUCCUCUGCAUCAUCGCCGUCCUGUGCUACUGUAGACUCCAGUAUUACUGCUGCAAGAAGAGCAGGGCCGAGGAUGCAGACGAGGAGGAGGAAGAGCACGACCUGCCCACACACCCCAGAGGCCCCACCUGCAAUGCCUGUAGCUCCCAAGCCCCGGACGGCCGAGGCAGCCUGGUGCCUCUCACCAGCGAGCCCUGCGGCCAGCCGUGUGGGGCGGCAGCCGGCCACUGCACCACCUGCUCCCCGUACAGCUCCCCCUUCUACAUACGGACGGCUGACAUGGUACCCAACGGGGGCGGAGGCGAGAGGCUCUCCUUUGCUCCUACAUACUACAAGGAAGGGGGACCCCCGACCCUCAAGCUGGCAGUACCCCAGAGUUACCCGGUGACGUGGCCAGGCUCCGGGCGUGAGGCCUUCACCAAUCCAAGGGCUAUUAGUACAGACGUGUAACCCCGUUCACCCCUGACCCCUCCACGUACCGAUGCUGCUCUCCCAGCAGGAGCCAUGGGGGCAGCAGGUGAUCCCCUCCAACAGCCCACGAGGACUGUCUCAGUUUCUUUUUUUUGGCUUUUCUUGCCCCACGGUGGAAUCCAAGCUAUUGAGUGCAGUGAGGACCAGGGCAGGGCCCGGCCCCGGGGCUCAGAGGUGGGGGCUGGCAGGUGGAGCGGGUGGCUUUGCAGGCUUCCGUGCUGGGACGGUCCUCUGCCGGCUCUGGCCCCGUCAUAACCGCUCUCGCUCCCCUCGCUCCCCCAGCUUUGGUGGACGGCGGGAGGAGGCGCACCAGGAAGGCUAAGCAAAGGCCCCAGAGGCCUCCAGACUCCUUGAGGGAUGGACGAAAAAGGGGCCCAGGGCCAGGGGAGACGUGAGAAUCUGAGGAGGGAGAAGGAGGUGCUCCGGGGACCUCCCCAGGACCCGCGAGCUACAAGGAAUCCAAGAAGUAGCUCGCGGUCUAGUUUCGUAUUUGGUCAUCACGAGGGCCACAGCCUCUGCAUCUGCUCCAAUAAUGGGCACUGAUUCCAGAACACACAACAGCUGUACCGGCCCCCUUCCUCGUGGGACACGUUGAGUUGACUUUCAAGGUCACGGCAUAAGGUUGUUUGUGGAGGAUGCACCGAAAGGGUCAUGUCUAGCCUUGUCUCCCCGCAGAUCCCUGUUCUCGGCCUUGGGAACCAGCUGCCCCUGCCGGAGAACCUAGUUCAAAGUUUUGCUGCUGAGUUUGAGCAGCUUAGCGAAGGAGGUCUACUUGCUGAUGGUCUCUGGGGCCCUGGCCCACCAGCCUGAGCACAGCGUGCGGGAGCAGUGUUGUGAGGGUGUGUGUGUGUGUGUGUGUGUGUGUGUGUUCUCCACCAGCUGGCAGAGAACACACACACCAGGGGCUUUGCCACCUUUGGGAGCUGCAGAGGGAAGGGUCUCUGAUGUUCCAGCUAGAAAGGAAGAAGUGACCCGCAGACAGCAGGAGUGAAAGGUGAUUAAGGUGGCCGGUCCCCAUGGCAACCAGCUGGCUGGUGCGGGGAGAGCCUGCAGAGUCUCCCAGGGGACAUUCCCUGGUAGCUGGAUUCCAUGGAUUCUGGGCUUGCUUCCCUCCCACCGCUGCUCCCCCCAACCCCACGCCAGUCUCCAGCGGGGGGGGGGGGGGGCGGGUGCUGUUAAUUGUCCAAGCCCCGCCCUCAGUCCCCACUUAGAACUAGGCUGUGGCCUUAUGCCAUUUGAAGGAAAGCACCUGAUGGGUUUUCUGGUUUCCUCUACAGUAAGGGGUGGCUGCUCCCCCCUUCUAAGGGCGUACCUAUCCCCCUCCCCACCACUGUGGCAUCACAGAAUGCUGCAGAGGGUGGGGCAGGGGAAGAGCUGGCCCCUUUGCUGGAAUCCCAAUUUUGCAUUUGAGAAACGGCCAGGUGCAGCUGGGAGAGAGCGGGGCAGGGAGAGAAUUCACCACACUUCUUGCUCCACUCUGUCUGGACACACUUGUCACCUUGCAUCUCCUCUGUAAUUAGUGCACACUGGCUGAAGAAUCAGAGGACCUGGGGGUCUGGCACACACACUCUGGUCACUCAUUAGCUCCAGGGCCAGUCAUUUGUUGUCUCCGAGACCCCAUUUUCUCCAGGAAAAUGAGACCUGCCCAGAUAGACCUAAGAGCCCGCUAGUACUCCAAACAGCCAGGACUUCCUGAAGAGACCUGUCCGCUAUGCUCCUUUCCUUGCCCUCACCCUGGCAGGGGCUGGAUGUACUUACCGACGGCCUGAUCCAGUGUGCAAGGAUGUGUGUUGAGGGCUGAAGGACCACGGUGAAACACAGGUUUAGCAGGCACAAUGAUUUUCACGGUCAGGGAAAAGCAACCAUGUCUGAUCCUACUGAGUGAUUUCAAACAGUAGCAUUUCCUAACAUUGGGAGGCAGCUCUGGGUGGGGGUGAUGAGCUCUCUCUCCCAGACCAGAGGGACCAGCCUAGGACAGCAACUUUAACCUGCUCCAUCCCCUGAGCAGUCCUCAUUGGGCCCAGGUACACCCCCUUGACAUGAGCUUCUGGGUCUAGCAGCCAUUGUGGCUUCCCGAUGACCAGCCCCAGUGCCUCCCUGCCUGGGAAUUUCACAGCCAAUCAGCCACAGCAAGGGCUGUCCCUCCUUUGUACCUCCUGCCUUUGGAGAAAUCAAGACAGCCCAGUCAACUAUCACCUGCUUCUCGCAUCGAUCUAUUGGGGUCCCUCAGUGAAAAGCAUCUUAGACAGUCCCCUCUCCUCCUAUAGCUUUCUUAGCCUAAAUCUUAUCAAUCUACACACCAAAAUCUGGGUUUUGGGCACUGGAGGGAUGAUGGGCCAUGGCCCUCCCCCACACAGCCCCACAGUGCACAGGACACAGUCUCCAGAUUGCCUGUCUCCCCGUAGCUGUGACGGUCUAACCUAUGGAAGAGGAAGCCCACCCAUUCAAUUGUGCUGCACUUUUUAGCUAUGGAGUCUGUGCUACGGGACACUCUUUGGACACCUUUCGAAUUGUUCCCUAACAGGAAGAAAAGGAGAGGCUGGGAACACCCUGUCCUCUCCGCCAUCUCGUCUCCACCGCCGUUUCACUGCUCCUGCUGCACAUUUCCUGUCCUGCAUCUUUGAUAACUUGGAGUCACAACCAAGUGAAUGUCAAAAUAAAUGAGGAAUUUGAAAUAGAAAUCCCACAGAAUGCUCUGUUAUUCACCUGAGGAGGGGGCAGCUGGGCACGGA